AUGUGCACGGCGACAAGGAGGACUGGGAGCUGUCCGGGCUGGCGCGGCGGGCACAGCAGCGGAAGCUGGCGGAGAAGGCAGGAGAAGGCUGCGCGUCGGGCGGGUGGUGGGAGCGGGAGUGGGAGUGGGAGUGGGAGUGGGAGUCGGCGGGGGAGUAGUGCCGGGGUUGGAGCGGAUGCAUUCCGUGACGAAGGUCGGGGUUGGGGUGGGCUUCGCCAGAGUGUGGAUGGGGGAUAUGGGUAUGCUGACUGUGGUCAUGGCCGUGGUCGGGGGCGGGAGGUGGUUCGAAGCGAUGGCUGGGAAAGGGGUAGAGAGCGUGGGGGAUCGUUCUCUAGUCACAGCCGUAGCAUGAGCCGGGGAGGGCACCCGGCCUACGGCAUGGAUGGCUAUGUUGAGCCCCCGUACAGACGAGCCGCCAGCCGCGAACCCGUCGAACGCUUUAUGACGAUUGACCGGUAUUACCCACCCGCCCCGGGCCGAUAUUUUGUAGAACAGAGCACAUCCACGGCUGGGUUGUCAAGUUCCGGGUCACGGUAUCUUUUGGAAAGGAGCUCGUCGAAUGCGGGAUUGAGGUCUACGAGUUCGUCACAGCGCAAGUACUACGAGGAAGACCAUCCUGGCGAAGUCAUCUACAUUUACCGGAAUCCGCCGGCAAGGGCGAGGCGAGCUUCGUUUGACGCGGGCAGAGUCGGACGGUAUGGUGAGGGGGGUGAUUGGUAUUAUCGUUGA